AUGAAUUUUGAUCAAGUGGACAUCAACAAGACUGCAAAAGUGCCACUAUCAAGUGGCUUUGGUCCGAUUGAUUGUGAGGGAGGCAAAGUCUUUGGAUUUAAAGUGCACGAAUUUCACUUGGCAGCAUCCAAAGGCACGCCUUACCGCCCAAUGCCAAUUACUGUUAGCACCAGUGAGAUCUUCAAAGCGGUUACCCUACAGAAAACCUUACCGCUGCGGUUGGCCUCGGGAUAUAAGCGUCUGUCAUUACUUCCUCGAACUCCCAAAGACUCCAGCAAAAUAAUGACUCUGUGCGACAAGAGUUUGACCAACACCACCGCAACUCAAGCGAGGCAUGCCGGUACCAUCAACUCACCGAAUUUCACUGUCGACGAAGAAAUCAUAUCUUUGGCGGGAAAAGCCUGA